UCCGCCCGGCUGCGCGCAUGUGCCGCGCCCGCCCCUCCCCCACGCGGAGGCCGGACCCAGCGGCGGCGGCGGCAGCGGCCGGGCAGGAUGAAGGACCGGACCGGGGAGCUGCGCGCCGCGAAAGACAGUGACGACGAUGAUGAAGUCACCGUCAGUGUGGACCGGGACCGCUUCAUGGAUGAGUUCUUUGAGCAGGUGGAAGAAAUUCGAGGGUUCAUCGAUAAAAUUUCGGAGAACGUGGAGGAAGUGAAGAGGAAGCACAGCGCCAUUCUUGCAUCGCCCAACCCCGACGAGAAAACGAAGGAAGAGCUGGAAGAGCUGAUGUCUGACAUAAAGAAGACGGCGAACAAAGUGCGCUCCAAGCUAAAGAGUAUUGAGCAGAGUAUUGAACAAGAGGAAGGACUGAACAGGUCAUCUGCUGACCUGCGGAUAAGGAAAACUCAGCACUCAACGCUGUCGCGCAAGUUCGUGGAGGUGAUGUCCGAGUACAACACCACGCAGACAGACUACCGGGAGCGCUGCAAGGGCAGGAUUCAGAGGCAGCUGGAGAUCACUGGCAGGACCACCACCAGCGAGGAACUGGAGGACAUGCUGGAGAGCGGCAACCCAGCCAUCUUCUCCUCUGGGAUCAUUAUGGAUUCAAACAUCACCAAGCAGGCACUGAAUGAGAUUGAGACACGGCACAGCGAGAUCAUCAAAUUGGAGAACAGCAUCCGAGAGCUGCAUGACAUGUUCAUGGACAUGGCCAUGCUGGUGGAGAGCCAGGGCGAGAUGAUUGACCGCAUAGAGUACAAUGUGGAGCACUCAGUGGACUACGUGGAGCGGGCUGUGUCUGACACCAAAAAAGCAGUGAAGUACCAGAGCAAAGCCAGACGGAAGAAGAUCAUGAUCAUAAUCUGCUGCGUGAUCCUGGGUAUCGUCAUUGCCUCCACCUUCGGCGGCAUUUUCGGCUAGACUCACCCCACGGGACUGUUUGUGUGCAAUGGACGGAGCCACGCGUGCCAUGGGGCCGCAGCCACGCCAGAGCAAACCACGCAGCCCCGGAGCCUCCCAGCAGCAUUUCAGUUUCUAAUGCAUGGUUGUUUGUGA